AUGUGGUAUGGUUAUGCCUAUUUUUAUAUCUGUUCACUUCAAAAAGACCAAAGACAUUACUGUGUUACAGGGACUGCUUCCGCUAUAGCAUGGAUGUUCGCAGCACUGCCUGUGUUUACUGCUAUUGGGGUACAAUUAUAUCUCAACAUGAACAUUAAACGAUCCAGUCAGUUCCUGACUACUGGUACAAGUGAGGCUGAAGAUCAACUACAUAUCUCAUUCAUUACACCUUGGGACUUGAUCAUAAUAGGUGUCGGCGGAGGUUUGGCUUUUGUUGUUGGUAUACUGGUGUUUCUAACUACUGUAGAUAAAUCAAGAAAUACACCUAAAGUCCGUUUUAGAAAGAUCUCACGAGAUACCGACGAGAUUAGAAUUGUUGAAAAUGAAGAAGAAUUUACGGAUGAGGAGGAAGAAUUCUGAAAGAUUUUUGUGAUGGUUAUAGCUUAGUUCCACAUAUUCUUGUUUGCCUUUUAAAUUGGCAAAAACAAACACGCUUUGCGUCAGUGACUGUGGUUUCUUUUCCUGAAAACAUUUUAUUACAAACUGAGGACAUAGACGAAAACCUUGAAUUUGGUUUAGAUAAAAUUUGAAACAUGAUUAUGCUCUUAAACAACGAAAUUGAUUACUAACUAGAAUCCUAAAUGAUUUCAGUGAUCUUGGUCUACAGUAUUAAUAUUUUAUAUAUCUGGUUAUUUACAUCUGGAUGAAGACCCAUAUUGAAUAACUGACAGUCAAGUGAACGGACAUGUGCUUUUUGAUAAUUGUACGCAAAGUGAUAAAAAGGACCUAGAACAAAUUCAACAAGAAGCCGCUAGAAUAAUUACUGGAACAACUAAGCUCGUAUCAAUCGAUAAACUCAUGAAUGAAAUUGGCUGGGAAUCCCUAGAAAAAAGGAGACACAAACAUAAACUUAUUCUAUUUUUUAAAAUGAAAAACAACCUUACACCACAUUAUCUUUCUGAUCUUGUCCCUCCGUCGAUUGGCAGUGAGCACCGUUACCCUCUCAGGAACGCAGACGACAUACAAUAUAUCCGUACAAAUACAGAAUUUUACUAUAAAUCAUUCUUACCUUCUGUUAUUAGGGAUUUCAACUCUCUUCCACCUCAAACACAAACUGCUACAACGUUAACAUCAUUUAAGCGACUUCUUAAUACUGAUAUGCCAAAAGUACCUGCCCAUUUUCUAUGCGGUGAGCGUAAAUUACAAAUUUUUCACACAAGAUUACGUACUAACUGCAGCUCUCUUUCUGCCGAUUUAUUUGAUAAGAACAUUACCGACUCUCCUUUGUGUGAAUGUGGUGCGAGAGAAAAUGCUUAUCACUACUUUCUUGAAUGCCCUAAAUAUACUAACCUACGACCUGAAUUAAUAAGUACUAUAUCUCAAUUUUGUAAUCCUUCCAUCAAUGUCAUUCUUACUGGUUCCACUACUUUACCUCAUGAUUCUAAUGUAUCAAUCUUUAAAUCAGUUCAAAAAUAUAUCCGAGAUACAAAACGAUUUUAGCGUACUUAAAACCAGAGAUGUCUUAACAUAUUUGACAUUUACUAGAUUAUGCAUCUUAGUUCCUCGUUAUUGUUCCAUCAUUGUUCAUCCAUUUCUUCCUUCCUUUUUCUAAUAUCUUUUUUUCUUUAAAUAUUCAGUGUAUAUACCUAUUGUGCGUAUCUGCUAAUAUACAGCUGUAAGCAUUCAAAUAAGAUAUUAUUUUUCUUCUUCUUACUAAAUUCUAAAACAAAACAAUACUAAGAUAGGUGUUUGUCUAUUUGUACUUUUUUGUGAGUUGCUUUAUUCUUCUUUUUUUUCUCCUUUUAACUGUUUGCUCUUACAUAUGUUACAUUGCUAAAUACUUAACUCUUAACUAUUAUGUGAAUGUCUUUGAUUACUUCAACUAACCGUUGUGUAUGAUAAUGCCAUGAACUUUGUUAUUGUAAAUUAUUAUAACUGGGAGAGGACAUUUAUAAGCUUUAUAGCUUUCUGCCCAAUCCCAAAAUGUACUUUGUAAAUAUUGUUCACUUGUUAACUGUUUUGUUGAAUAAAUAUGUUUAAACCAAGUGAACGGACACAAAAGAGAAACAGAUUCCAAAUAAGCAUUUCAACAACAACAACAAAAAAUGUAUUUAUAUUCACAAAAUAACUUGGAAUUCGAAUCUAAUGUGUUUUAUAUAUUUAUUUUUUUAAAUAUAUGUAGACCCUAUGGUAUGCUCCUAGUUUAUUUUGAAGAAUUUAUUUUGGUAGGAUUGUAUAGAAGCUGUAAGCUUAUAGACACACAAUCCAAUCCGUUCUAGGAAAAGAUCCUAGAUAAUGUUGAUAUAACAUUUGGUCCAACCCUUUGUAUGUACAUUGUAUUUAUGCUUUCGAAAAUUAUUGUCAAGCUGUGUUAAUAUAUCAUGUACAAAUAUACAAUAAAAUAUUAUUAAAUUCAAACCCCACUUUUUUAUACAUAUACGUAUAUGUAUGGUAGCUUAUAAUCCAUACAUGAUGUGCAUUGUAUGAUAUGAAUAAUACAAGUCUUGAAUAUUACAAUCGAUACACGUAUACUGUAUAAUAAAUGCUAGUAGUACAUAUUAAUAAUAUGUCAUUAUUUAUAUACAUAUAUUAAUAUAUCAUAAUAACAUGAA